UAGACAAGUUUUAUUCAGCAAAGCAGAAACCUACUGGGUUCAGAAAAGCAGUCAUAAUGGCUUCAGAUGCGACAAGUGAGAAUGACUGUGUUAAGGCUGUCAGCCAGCUAAGACAAUUUCAUUUUGGAUGUCUUGCUCCCGCAUUGGUUAUUAUUUUUGUUCUUUCAUUCCUGAAGCGACGCACUAAGCUUAAAUUGGAACUCUGGGAUGGUCGCCCAGGACUACUGAUACCGAUGAAUUUUCUUGGUGGUCUCAGUAACAGGUGGACUAUUGCUGUUACGUUUGGAGCCACAGGUAGCACUGUUAUAAGAAUGGCAUUGGGUGGAAGCGGCAGUAUCUCGAUUGUCCCAUUGGAAUCUCCUUGGGUAAAAAUUAUCGACGUUUUGUUGGCUGUCCUCCUUUUUACAAUACUAUUCUAUCCAUAUUUUGUCUGCCUCACAACCGAAUACAAAUUCGUUGGUUCUAUCCUUGGCUUUCUUUAUGGCGUGUUGAGGUUUUCUUUUCAACUUGCUACAGAGAUACGUUGCCACGUUGUUUAUAAGAAAACAGGAGCCUAUGGAAUAAUUUUUAUUAUUUCUAAACUGCCUACAACACUGUGCCUCAUCUUUAUAACAACGCGAUUUGCUUUCCUUAUUGUUCGACGAGUUAGACAGAUGUGGUCUGUACCUUCUACAGAGUCAGCUGGAAAGGACUCCUGCUCCCGCUCACUGGCUCAUGAUUCGGACGUUGUUCACGUGAAGUUCAUUUUGGGGCAAAAACCUCCAAUAUACCCAGACAAGAGAGAAUGGUAUUGGAAGGUUCUCUACUUUUUUUAUAUACCAAGGGCAGAUUUCAAGUUUUCCACUCAGUUGAUAUCAACAGUGUUUCUCGUUGGGAUAGCUGUCUUUGAAGUCUCGUUGCCUUUGCUCAUCACGUGGGAAGAAAUUAUAGGCGUUCUCAGGGAUUCCUAUUUGGAUAUUCAUACUCUAAGAGGUGGUCUUUACGGAUCGUACAUUUUCGCAGGUCUGAUUUAUAUUAUAACAACACUUCAUUUCAUGAAGUGCCACAGGGACCACAUGUUCCAGCUCUACCGUGGAGAUAGACACCUAAUGCAAAACGUUUGCCUCUCACCGGCCUCUUUUGUGGGAAGAAGUCUGAGUUAUACUGGAUACCAAGUCGCCUAUGCCGUGAUUGGUUUUGUCGUGUUGUCAAAUUUGGGCUUCCUUCUAAUUCUCAUUCCAAGCACUUCUAAGAUGAUACGCGAUUUGAUUUCAUCAGCUGCGAAAGGAGCUGUACCAUCGAUAGUGCUGGCUGUCAUAUUACGAGUGUUCCAGCGCGUGUUCCUAUCUCAAUACGUCUUUCGUGACACAGAAUACCCAAAUGUCUCAGUCGUGAUUGACAACCGACGACUGUUCUCUAUCAUGUCGUAUGCGUUCGUGUUCCUCAACGCCAUUGUUGGAUUCCUGUCAGGUCUUCUUCGCAUAGCUAAAGCUAUGAUUCUCGGGCUUUUCUUCUUCUCACGUCUCGACCGAACUGUUUUAAUGCCAGGAUUUCAGAAAUGGGACAAAGAUAUUCAGAUCUCUAGUAUUGUUUUUUCAAUUUUUCGCUUGUUUCUCUUUGCAGGUUUUGUUGUGUUGUCAAAUUUGGGCUUCCUUCUUUCUCUCAUUCUAAGCUUACCAAUUCAUUUGAAGAUAAUACGCGAUUCGAUUUUAUCAAUUGCAAAGGGACUUGUACCAUCGAUAGUGCUGGCUGUCAUAUUAGGAGUGUUCCAGCGCAUGUUCCUAUCUCGAUAUGUCUUUCGUGACAGAGAAUACCCAAAUUUCUCAGUCGUGAUUGACAACAGACGACUGUUCUCUAUCAUGUCGUAUGCGUUUGUGUUCCUCAACGCCAUUGUUGGAUUCCUGUCAGGUCUUCUUCGCAUAGCUAAAGCUAUGAUUCUCGGACUUUUCUUCUUCUCGCGUCUCGACCGAACUGUUUUAAUGCCAGGAUUUCAGAGCUGGGACAAAGGUUUUGUUGCGUAUCUUGGAUUUCUUCAUGUGUUGGUAGCCCACAGACAUCCUGUUGUGUUAAUGUUCUGCCAAUUGCUCAUUGAAAGCAACAAGGCGACAGCUUCGGAGGAGAAACGGCAUUCCAGCAUUUCUGUGCAACCAAACAACGCUGAGGAGCCAAAGCAAGUCACAGGUUUGUAUUUUCGGUCGAUCUAUUGGUUUUUACUUCAUGAUUUUCAAUUGUAUAUAGGCCCUGAUUCAUUUAUCAUUUUGUUUAUUUAUUUCAUUAUUAUUUUUUUAAUAACGAGCUCUAAGCUAGACUUAUGGAUUGGACUAAUGACAUGGACAACGUGUAUGAUUUCAGAUUUCAAGUUCUCCACUCAGUUGAUAUCAACAGUGUUUCUCGUCGGGAUAGUUGUCUUUGAAAUCUUAUUACUUUUUCUCACGUUGUUCGAAGCCUUUAAAGACCUUCCAGGCCAUCUGGGUUUCAAUUUGAAUAUUCAUAAACUGAGAGGUUGUCUUUACGGAUCGUACAUUUUCGCAGCUCUGAUUUAUGUUAUAACAACACUUCAUUUCAUGAAGUGCCACAGGGAACACAUACUCCAACUUAACCGUGGAGAUAGACGCCUAAUGCAAAAUGUUUGCCUCUCACCGGCCUCGUUUGUGGGAAGAAGUCUGAGUUAUACUGGAUACCAAGUUGCCUAUGCCGUGAUUGGUUUUGUCCUGUUGUCAAAUUUAGGCUUCCUUCUAACUAUCAUUCCAAGCACUUCUAAGAUAAUACGCGAUUGGAUUUUAUCACUCGCAAAAGGAGCUGUACCAUCGAUAGUGCUGGCUGUCAUAUUACGAAUGUUCCAGCGCAUAUUCCUAUCUCGUUAUGCCUUUCGUGACAGAGAAUACCCAAAUUUCUCAGUCGUGAUUGACAACCGACGACUGUUCUCUAUCAUGUCGUAUGCGUUCGUGUUCCUCAACACCAUUGUUGGAUUCCUGUCAGGUCUUCUUCGCAUAGCCAAAGCUACAAUUCUCGGGUUAUUUUUCUUCUCGCGUCUUGACCGAACUGUUUUAAUGCCAGGAUUUCAGAAUUGGGACAAAGGUUUUGUAGCGUAUCUUGGAUUUCUUCAUGUGUUGGUAGCCCACAGACAUCCCGUUGUGUUAAUGUUCUGCCAACUGCUCAUUGAAAGCAACAAGGGGACAACUUCGGAGGAGAAACAACAUUCCAACCUUUCUGUGCAGCCAAACAACGCUGAGGAGCCAAAACAAGUCACUGGAAUCAAACGCGAAAUCCGCCAUCCACGCCUGUCACAGAGGGUGGUCAACCGCUGGCUUCUUGCUGUAACUCUCCUCCGCAAUCCCACAAUGAUACAGUAUCGUCACCAUUCCUUUUCGCUACCCAUUGAACAGAGUGAGGUCGACACGUCUUCAGUAUCAGUUUUAGUCGAUUGUAUAGUCUAAUCAUCAGGUUUAGCUCAUAGCACAUAAAUAUUUUAAGGAUUAAAUGAAGGACAUUGUAAUAGCCAAGUGUUGCAAGGUAUAUAGCUGUUACGAGAAAGGUUAUCGGGAAAAAAACGGACAAAACUGCAGGCGACAAUCUCUGAAAAUAAUCUGGGUAUCCGGUAACUAAUGAAUUUUAUUAAGUAAAGGAAAAUAUAUUAAUUAAUCAAACUCGCUGUACCUCGUCCGUACAAUGACGUUUCUCAGAUUUCCUUUGCAUCCUGAAGUCAAGGUGCCGUGAUCUGAAAACUACCCUCAAUACCUUUCGUGGUUGUCGUGUGAAUUUUUACGCUUUUUGUCGGACCACCUCUCUCAAAACAGCUGUAUAUUCCAUGAUAGGUUUAUGCUCCAAAUUAAAUACUACGUGAAAAAAAGUAGCCCAUCAUGUAAAAAAAAAAAAAUUUUUUUGUUUUCCUUGACAUAGUUUAUCAUUGUGAAACUUUUAAAGUUCAAGUGCGUCUUUAAGACUAAGGUAGACAGUUUAGUAUUGGAUAACAUGAGUUGUAUUCUGUGUUACAUUUAUGCAUUAAAAACGACUGCUCGGCUAUGAGGCUGAU